AUGGCUAGCCUAAUUCUGAGCAGAUCCGUCCGCAGCAUAUUGCGUAUGAAGCGCAUUCACGGCAAUAAGCGAGUUUACGUCGGCCUUGAGAUCGUCACGCCGGCCUACAUUUACUACGGUGCUCGUCACCAUCUCGCUGCCAUCACAUUUGGACCCAUUCAGGGCUUGAUUGCAAUUCCGCCAAACACGACGGGCAAGACAGGGCAAUUAAGAGAGCCUCUACAGGAGAUGGACGGCCCAGUCGCCUCCCUCGCCCACUCGUUCACUCGCUUGUCUGGCAGUCUGGUCACCACCCUCUUCCUGUCUGGGACGCUACUGUAG